AUGCUUAUACGAGUCCUCAGUCAAACGUUUUCCCUACAAAGCAAGGCCAGCAUAGUCAUAUGCGUUAUCGCUUGGUUGCUCAUGAUUGCCAUUAAAAUAUGCAAUGGUAUAGUGUUGUUAGGAAAGGCCUGCGGUCAUGUUAUGGCUUAUAAGGAUUUGCAGGCACGUGCAGAAUACGAUCUGUAUCGCAAGCGUAUGGUUGAAAAGAAGAGUAAAAGUGCUCCAAGUUCACCUCGUAUAAGUCUGAUAGACUUUUCGGAUGUGCUGCACCAAACGGCUGGCGUGAAAGGGUUUACUAUAUCUGAUCUGAUGUGCCAAUGGGAAGAUCUGGAGAAUGCUAGUCAACGACGAAGUAGUGAACGAGAGCGAGAAGAGCGGCCACCACGGAGAACGCAAAGUUUGGCACAUAUGUCUCGGGUCAAGAGAGACAAAAGUGAACCUCCUUCAUCCAUUCCUGAAGUAGAUGAAAAAUCAGCUAAGGAAGAGUCUUCAUUCCCAGCCGAAAAAAGGGAAAAGGAGAAGGACAAGACAGACGCUUCACAGUGUAGUCCAAAGAAGAAAGUAGUUGCGUCGGCAGCUGGUUGUGAUGUACUGGCUGACGUCACGGCCUACACCAUGCUUCCGCCGGAACAAGGUGUUGAACGAAUAGAAUAA